GAAAAGUUCGAGGGGUAUGAAUACUUUUGCAAGCCACUGUAAUAGAUCAUUAUAUGAUUACAUUGUUGACUGUUGUUACUCUUUUCAUUACAUUACAGGGGGCCCCGGUUUAUGACGUCCUUGAUCUACGGCGUUUCGUCGUUGCGUCGGAACUGGUUACGUAGAACUAGCUGCCGAGCGGAGUGGGCGAAUACGUCAUCACGCGGCGCUAAAAGACAGCUUUGUUUACAUUCGCCGGGUGUACGUCACCUUGGAUUGUGCUACACUCGCUAACUUUUUGCCCUUCAUUAUGGCUGCUAAACGUAAUUCAGACUCUUCUGAUGGCAGUUUUGAAGAAAAGGAAAGCCAUCUCCAUGGAAGUGAAAUUAGAUAAAAUAAAAUGCUCAAGUUGUAAAAACAGUGCAACAUACUCUUUUAUCUUCUUGUAAAAUGACUCAUACAUACAUGAAAGUCAUUGGUAUUCAUGACUUUUCUGAAGAACUGAUCCAUAUCAUGAUGCACGUAACAGCUUUGUUUACAUUUUCGCCGAAGUUCUGACUUACGGCCAAAAUCAACUUGCGUCAAUCCGUAGGAACGGAACUCUGAUGUAAGUCGAGGACCCCCUGUAUUUGGUUUUGUAUUUCUGAAGAUGCAGUCAGUACCUGUGUGUCUUGCUGUGUGGACCUUUUUUGUGUUUCGAUGAUUUAUGUGUGACUGCGUCUGGAAACUUCUGGUUUAAUUAAAUGAACUGCUGAAUUUCAGGCAUGUGUAAUUCUUGAUCCAUACAGGGUUUUGAGGCCUUAACAGUAUCUCUCUACUUUCCAUAUUUAACCUAAUCAUGACUGACCUGUGUUCAACACCCUCUUUUGAUCACAUUUAUUAUCAGCUUGGUGGUCAGAGAGGACAGAUGUCAAAGAGCUGGUGGAAUUGAACUAAUUUAUGUACUAUGCUUUUUAUACAAAGCUACUUAUUCAUAUGUAUUAUGACAGUAUACACAGUAAUCAGAUUUUCUAAAAUGUUUCUUGUCAUUAUCAUGAAUAUUUGGCUUUCACAGUCUUCAAGUGCUUUGGGCUCAUUAUCCUGCUGCAGUAUGAAUCUUUCUCCACGAUGCAAACUGUAGGGGGGAGUUCUGUUUUUAUAGUGAUUCAAUAAUGCAGAUUCUGAAUAAAUGGCAUGAUGAGAAAUGGCAAUUAAAAUGUCAGGCUUUUAUUUCACCUUCAAAUCAACUGCAGACUUUAGAGAUUCACAUACUUUUGCCACUCAGACAUAUGGCUGUUGUUAUAGUACAUAAAUGACAAGUAUAUUAUUUCUGUGUUAUUUGCUUUACUUUGUUCUCUUCAUAGGCUUUUAGAACUUGCGUGUAAAUGGGGGUGAAUUAGGGGGUGAUUGAUAUUGUUGUUUCAGGGCUGAAGCCUAAACUGAUUAUUCGCGAUUAAGGACAUUGAUAUUUGGAACAUUUGCAGUAAAGAUGAAAAUCUUAGUGUUAAAAUUUACAAUAAUGCAAAAUCCAAAACAAACUUUGCUAAAAUGCCUUUAUUUGUGUUUUACAUUAUUAAUUAAAACAGAAUUCUUAAGAAUUUUUCUUUUGGUGUUGAUAGGCUUUUAUCUGUGGUGUGUAACCAACAUGGCAUUACAGUGUGUUCAAUCACAGACUGCUGACUAUAGAAUUUUUAAAGCAAUUUAUUUAAUUAGAAGUUGCUUCAAAAGAACAAUAUGGAACAAUGCUGAUAAUUGUGAAAAAAUUCAAAAUAUCGGAUCAGAUCAUUGGCCAGUACAUUAAUCAGGUGAUCCCUAUCACAAAGACAAAAAAUGUCAAAGGGUUCACAGAUUGUCAAACACCACUUUAUCUCUAUAUACAGUCGUGAGCAAACCUUUACAUGCACUUGUAAAGAUCAUUUAAUAAUUGCAGUCUUGAGCUUUCAAUGACUUGUACAACUCUUAAUUUUCUAUGAUGGAAUGAUUGAAACAUUUGCGUGCUUUGAUGUUCUUGGGCUUAAGGGGUCACCCUUUAUCCUACAAAUAUAUUGCUGGUCAGUGUGGUUCCAAUUGCUUAUUUUUUUGUUUCAUCUGACCACACUUUCCUUAAGUUCCAUGUGAACAGCAGAAAACUUCAGUCAAGCUUUAAAGUGCAGUUUCUAGCACUACGUAUUACCAGAGGAUGAUCUUAAAUCUAUGAAAGAAUCAAAAUGCUUGAUUCUUUUUUGUGACAAAGAUGCAUAUGUUUCAGUCAUGUGAAUUCAUAGUGAAGUUAGAGCUGUAGGAGUCACUGGAAACUCAAGACUGCCAUGAUAUACAUGGUCUUUACAGGUGUAAAUGUAAACUGUUGUUCACAACUGUUCCUGUACUUGAGCAGCAGAUGAAAUCCCCAUCUCUCCAAAGGCAAAGGUGGAUGAUGUGGGUGAUAGUAAGCAUUAGGAAAAUAGGAAAUGUUUUUGUGGGUAGAUAAACAGGAUCCACGCUCACAGGCAAGCUUCAGUGGCAUGGUAACCAUGGAAACGUGAGAUUAUUAGUAAUAGCUUUUUCUGGUUGUGAGCUCAUCCAACCAUCCUUUAUGGACUGCUGAAGAAAAAAAUUAGUGGGACUUUGAUGCAAAAAAAGAAACAAUGAUAGUGAAGGACUGCAUAUUCAGCAAUGACGUGUGAGCCUCUCUGGCCAUUAGCUGCUGUGAUGCUGUUCAGGUGGUUCGACUGGUAUCUUUCUUCCUUUCCCACUCUAACACAGAAUUUUUCCUCUGCUUUUUCAUUUUCAUUGUCCUGUUUGAUCAUCUUGUUUUGUCUACAUGACAAACCAACCCUCACCCUCCUCCUUUUCCACAUCUGAAUCUGUGAAUUUUCUUUGCUAUCCUCUUUGCCACAACCUCCUACUUUUUCUGUGGCACUGUCUUUUUCUCUUUUUGUCCCUCCCUAUUCUGUUUUUCGUCCCGUGUCCAGCCUUUUACAGUGCGGCUCCACUCACCUCAGCUGGCAUCAUUCCCAUCAUGCAGUCGCUGUGCCCAGAUGGACAAAGGGACGAAUUUGGUUUCCUGCAGUACAAAAAUUCCACUGUGACGCAGCUUCUGGAGCGGAUCAGUGAAGUGGUUGAACAAAACCGACUCUUCACGUCUGACCGGCCAGGUUUGGGUCAGGAGUUGGAGACGCUGCAGCAGCACCUGGAGAGCCUCAGCUCCACCCCUCUACCACCAGACUACAACUUCAACAGCAGCCAAGGUUUCACGGUGGCCAGUAUAUUGCGGGAUCAGUCAGCUUUCCAGCAGUUCCUGGUCAAGAAUCUUUCCCUGUCCAACUCCACAGCCAGCCUGCUGCUCAACACUCCAGUGAGCCUCCCAGAGGUGUACAGUCUUAUUUUUGGUACAUCACUCAGAGAUCAUAGAGGGGCCCAAAGUUUGAUUCAGGGGGAAAAAGAUUCUAAAAAAAUACCCAAAGACAAAGUUCUUAAUUUGGAGGAGAAGCUGCUCGGAGGCGUACACAGUCUGGAUGGAGGUCUGAUACAAAAAGCCUUACGUGAUCCCACCAAAGCAGCCCACAGACACGCUCUGCUCAGACUUCUGUCUCAGGCUUUAGGCUUCACUGAAGGCACAGAAAGUCAGAGAAACAACCAGCAGGGCAUAAAGGAAGUGGAGGGGGUACUUCUGACUGGAUCCAUGCUGGAGGCCCUCACCUGUGGGGAGGACGAUGCUUCUGAGCUCAGUAAGAUCCUGUUGGUGCCUGAGAAGCAGCGACCUGUGCUGCAGGCCUAUCGCAGCACAGUGUGCAGUGAAGGAGAGGCUCAGAGGUCAGAGCGCUUCAGACAGAUGAGCCUUGAGCUGAGAGAACAGAUCAACACUCAGAGUGUCACAGAGAAGCUUCACCUGGAGCAGCCCAGCUCUUUGGUUCCUUUCUCACAGUCUCACUUUGGAGCCUUAUUGAAGGACCUGACUGAUGUAGAGCGACUUCUCAAGGAUGUGGACCUACUCUCUGGCCUGGCUCGCUUGCUUCCCAAAGGAGCUUGUACUGGUCGAACACUAGCGUCCCCCGCAAACAUUACAGGUCCCCUAAAUGCCACCAUGUGGGGCCCCAACUCAACUGAAACUCCUGGAGUUGAGGGAGAAGAGGGACCAGAGAGAGGUGGAGGGGCAGGAGGUGGUAAAGGGAAGGAAGAAGCAGACAACCCUCAUUCUCAGUUUUCAGCAUUUGUACAACUGUGGGCCGGACUGCAACCUAUUCUGUGUGGGAACAACAGGAUCAUUGAGCCAGAGGCUUUGAAGCAGGGAAAUAUGAGCUCUCUGGGAUUCACCAGCAAAGAACAGAGGAAUCUGGGCCUACUGGUUCACUUGAUGACUACAAAUCCCAAGAUCCUCUACUCCCCCCUUGGCUCCCAGGUGGACAAAGUUAUUCAGAAGGCAAAUGAGACAUUUGCAUUUGUUGGGAAUGUGACACAUUACACAAAGGUAUGGCUCAACAUCUCCACCCAGCUCAGGACUUUACUGGAGGAGGGACGGCUGCACAGCUACCUGGUGUGGCUACAACAGCUGUCCUCAGAGCUUCAGCAGCACCCUGAGUUGUUGAAUGGCACAGACAGUGAACUGAUGCAAGGUCUGAUGGAAGGAAACUAUAGUUUUCCUAACACCUCCACUCUGCUGGAGCAGCUGGAUACCAUUGACAAUGCUGCUUGUGGCUGGACACGCUUCAUGUCUAAGGUCAGUGUUGAUGUCUUCAAGGGCUUUCCUGACGAGGACAGCAUUGUCAAUUACACUCUGAACCAGGCCUACCAGGACAACGUGUCUGUGUUUGCCAGUGUGAUUUUCCAGACUAACAAAGAUGGCUCCCUGCCACCGCAUGUUCUGUACAAAAUUAGACAAAACUCCAGCUUUACAGAGAAGACAAAUGAAAUCAGAAGGGCCUACUGGCGCCCUGGACCCAAUACUGGGGGGAAAUUCUACUUCCUCUAUGGUUUUGUCUGGAUCCAAGAUAUGAUAGAGAGAGCCAUCAUCAACACGUUUGUGGGCCAUGAUGUAGUGGAGCCUGGUAACUACGUUCAGAUGUUUCCAUACCCAUGUUACACCAGAGACGAUUUUCUAUUCGUGAUUGAGCACAUGAUGCCUCUGUGCAUGGUGAUCUCCUGGGUUUACUCAGUAGCCAUGAUGAUUCAGCACAUCGUGGCAGAGAAAGAGCACCGGCUCAAAGAGGUGAUGAAGAUGAUGGGUUUGAACAAUGCUGUCCACUGGGUGGCUUGGUUCAUCACCGGCUUCGUCCAGCUGUCCAUCUCUGUCACCGCUCUCACAGCCAUCUUGAAGUAUGGCCGGGUGUUACUCCACAGCGACCCCUUCAUCAUCUGGCUCUUUCUCACCAUCUAUGCUGUAGCCACCAUCAUGUUCUGUUUUCUGGUGUCAGUAAUCUACUCAAAAGCUAAACUGGCUUCAGCCUGCGGUGGAAUCAUCUACUUCCUCAGCUAUGUACCCUACAUGUAUGUGGCUAUUAGGGAAGAGGUGGCCCAUGAUAAGAUCACUGCCUUUGAGAAAUGCAUUGCUUCUCUGAUGUCCACCACAGCCUUUGGCCUUGGCUCCAAGUAUUUUGCUCUAUAUGAGGUAGCAGGUGUUGGCAUCCAGUGGCGGACUAUUAGUCAAUCACCAGUAGAAGGUGAUGACUUUAACCUGGGUCUCUCCAUGAUGAUGCUCAUCAUCGAUGCUGGAGUGUACGGUGUGCUCACCUGGUACAUAGAGGCUGUGCAUCCAGGAAUGUAUGGGCUGCCACGCCCAUGGUACUUUCCCUUGCAGAGGUCCUAUUGGUCAGGCAGUGGGCGAGUCGAGACCUGGGAUUGGCCGUGGUGUGGAGGCGGGGCUGCCAGGCUCAGUGUGAUGGAGGAGGAUCAAGCAUGUGCGAUGGAGCAGCGGAGGUCUGAGGAAAUGCGUGGCAUAGAGGAGGAGCCAAGCCACCUGCCCCUUGUAGUGUGUAUAGAUAAACUGACCAAGGUGUACAAAACCGGCUGCAAACUGGCCCUCAAUAAACUUAGCCUCAACCUCCAUGAAAACCAGGUGGUCUCCUUCCUGGGACACAAUGGUGCUGGGAAGACCACUACCAUGUCCAUCCUGACAGGCUUGUUUCCGCCUACCUCUGGCUCUGCAACCAUAUACGGUCAUGAUAUCCGUACUGAGAUGGAACGUAUCCGUCAGAACCUGGGCAUGUGUCCACAACACAACGUCCUGUUUGACAAACUGAGUGUGGAGGAGCACCUGUGGUUCUAUUCCAGACUCAAAGGCAUGGCUGAAGAGGACAUACGCAAAGAAAUGGACAAGAUGAUCGUUGACCUGGAAUUGUCUAACAAGCGCCACAGCUUGGUACAGACCUUGUCCGGUGGGAUGAAGAGGAAGCUGUCUGUGGCCAUCGCCUUUGUUGGCGGCUCCAGGGCUGUUAUCCUGGAUGAACCCACUGCAGGUGUGGACCCCUAUGCUCGCAGGGCCAUCUGGGACCUCAUCCUCAAAUACAAACAGGGCCGUACGAUUCUGCUGUCCACCCACCAUAUGGAUGAAGCAGACCUUCUGGGAGAUCGCAUUGCCAUCAUCUCACACGGGAAACUCAAGUGCUGUGGCUCACCACUGUUCCUGAAAAGCACCUAUGGAGAUGGAUACAAACUGACCUUGGUCAAAAAACAGAGUGAAGACAUAGGCCAGGGCAGCCACCUGCAGCCUCCUUCACCUCUGUCUCCGUCCUCCUGUCUGUCUCCUUGCUCAGAAGCUCGGGUCACCCAGUUUAUUCAGCAGUUUGUGGCAUCUUGCUUGCUGGUGUCUGACUCCAACACUGAGCUGUCCUACGUCCUGCCUUCCGAGGCCGUCAAGAAGGGCUGCUUUGAGAGACUGUUCCAGGCUUUAGAGCAGAGCUUGGACAGCCUGGCCUUGACCAGCUUCGGGGUGAUGGACACCACCCUGGAGGAGGUCUUCCUUAAAGUGUCUGAGGAAGACCAGUCUCUGGAGAACAGCGAUGUUGACAUGAAGGGUUCCCCAGGGGGCAGCUCAGUGGGGAAAUCAUCAGUGGGUUCAGGAGGCCUUGUGGGGUCACAGAGUGAGACAGCACCCUCAGUGGAGAAUGAGAAGCCAGAGGUGGAGCUGAGUAAUCUGGUGAUGUGCUCCAGGCUGAGCCAGAGCCAAUCCUCCCUGAAAUCCUCCUCGUCCGUUGGCUCAGUACGCGGGGAUGAAGGAGGACCCUAUUCAGACUUCUUUGGUGAAUACUAUCCACUCUUUGACAAUGGCCAAGAGUCUGACUCUGCCAGCCAGAAAGAAGAUGCAGAGAAUCUCUCGUCUCCAAAGCCUGAGGUCCUGGAAGGGCAGGGUAGCUUCAAGCUGGAUGGUUGGUGGUUAAAGCUAAGUCAGUUUCAUGGCCUCAUCGUCAAGAGAUUUCACUGUGCCAAGAGGAAUACCAAGGGCCUCUUCUCUCAGAUCCUCCUACCUGCCUUCUUCGUCUGUGUGGCAAUGACUGUGGCCCUCUCUGUGCCUGAAAUCGGAGAUUUGCCACCCCUGAUCUUGUCCCCAUCACAGUAUCAUAACUACACCCAACCAAGGGGCAACUUCAUCCCUUAUGCCAAUGAAGACAGACCACAGUACAGGAGUAAGCUGUCACCAGACGCCAGCCCACACAUGAUAAUCAACACCCUCCGCCUGCCCUCCGGUGUGGGUGCAACUUGUGUCCUCAAAACCCCCUUCAACAGCACCUUGGACCAACUGGCGCAGACUAUCAACCCCAAUGCCAACGAUUCCAAGACCCUGGCUGCCCGCUACUUUGACUCCAUGUGUCUGGACUCCUUUACCCAGGGGGUCCCUCUCUCCAACUUUGUCCCCCCACCACCUUCACCAGCACCUUCAGAUGACCCAGACCCUCGUUUUGAGGAUGGGCUGUGGAACUUAACAGUUGCCCCACCAACUACAGUCCAUGAGCCUGUUACGUCUCCUCCCACCCUCCCCCUGUCCAUCCAUGAGCCGGUGCGUUGCACCUGCUCCAUGCAGGGGACCGGCUUUUCCUGCCCUAGUGGGGUAGGAGGACGCCCUCCACUAAUGAAGGUGGUGACAGGUGACAUUUUGGUGGACAUCACAGGUCGCAAUAUCAGUGAAUAUCUGCUCUUCACAUCAGACAGAGUACGGCUGCACAGAUACGGUGGUUUAACAGUGGGGAACAUCCAGAAAUCAAUUCCAGCAUCCUUUGGGAGAAAGAUACCUCCAAUGAUUCGCAAGAUUGCAGUUCGCAGAUCAGCUCAGGCUCUGUACAACAACAAAGGCUACCACAGCAUGCCGACAUAUUUGAACGUUCUCAACAACGCCAUCCUGCGUGCCAACCUGCCUCCAUCCAAGGGCAACCCUGCUGCCUAUGGUAUCACGCUGACAAACCAUCCAAUGAAUCGAACCAGUGCCAGCCUCUCUUUGGACUAUUUGCUCCAGGGGACAGAUGUGGUGAUUGCCAUCUUCAUUAUUGUGGCCAUGUCCUUUGUACCAGCCAGCUUUGUGGUUUUCUUGGUGGCAGAGAAAUCCACUAAGGCCAAACACCUGCAGUUUGUCAGUGGCUGUGAUCCUGUCAUCUACUGGCUAGCUAACUAUAUCUGGGACAUGCUGAAUUACCUGGUACCUGCCACGUGCUGUGUUAUUAUUCUGUUCGUGUUUGACCUGCCGGCCUACACCUCCUCAACUAACUUCCCUGCUGUUCUCUCCCUCUUCCUUCUCUAUGGGUGGUCCAUCACUCCCAUCAUGUACCCUGCAUCAUUCUGGUUUGAGGUCCCCAGUACCGCCUACGUGUUCCUCAUAGUCAUCAACCUCUUUAUAGGCAUCACUGCAACUGUUGCCACCUUCCUCCUGCAGCUCUUUGAACAUGACAAGGAUCUGAAAAAAGUCAACAGUUACCUGAAGUCCUGUUUUCUCAUCUUCCCCAACUACAACCUGGGCCAUGGGCUGAUGGAGAUGGCCUACAACGAGUACAUCAACGAAUAUUAUGCUAAAAUAGGACAGUUUGACAAAAUGAAGUCUCCAUUUGAGUGGGAUAUUGUGACUCGAGGACUUGUUGCCAUGACAAUCGAAGGCUUUGUUGGCUUCCUCAUCACCAUCCUCUGCCAGUACAACUUCCUCAGGAAACCUCCGAGGGUACCAGUCAGCUGCCAGCCUAUAGAUGAUGAUGAUAUAGACGUGGCCAGUGAGAGACGAAGAGUCCUACGAGGGGAUGCCGACAACGAUAUGUUAAAGAUCAAAAAUCUUACAAAGGUGUAUAAAUCGAGGAAAAUGGGUCGUAUCCUGGCAGUGGACCGCCUGUGUCUGGGUGUCCGGCCUGGCGAGUGCUUUGGACUGCUGGGAGUAAAUGGAGCUGGAAAGACCACCACCUUCAAGAUGCUGACAGGAGACGAGUGCACCACAGGAGGAGAGGCCUUCAUAAACGGAAACAAUAUUCUGAAGGACCUGUUACGUGUGCAGCAGAGCAUCGGCUACUGUCCACAGUUUGAUGCUCUGUUUGACGACCUGACAGCCAGGGAGCAUUUGGAGCUCUACACUCGCCUCCGCGGUAUUCCCUGGAAGGACCAGGACAGGGUGGUGCAGUGGGCAUUAGAAAAGCUAGAGUUGUCCAAGUAUGCAGACAAACCAGCUGGCACUUACAGUGGAGGAAACAAACGCAAGCUUUCCACUGCCAUUGCUCUGAUUGGGUACCCCUCGCUCAUCUUCCUGGAUGAGCCAACCACUGGAAUGGACCCAAAGGCCCGCAGAUUCCUCUGGAAUUUGAUCCUGGACAUAAUCAAGACAGGACGCUCUGUAGUGCUGACGUCACACAGCAUGGAGGAGUGUGAAGCAUUGUGUACCAGACUGGGCAUUAUGGUGAACGGAAGGUUUAAAUGCCUGGGCAGCAUCCAGCACCUAAAGAACAGGUUUGGAGAUGGCUACAUGAUCACAGUGAGGACCAAGACAAGCUCCUAUGUGAAGGAUGUGGUUCGAUUCUUCAACAGAAACUUCCCCGAAGCUGUGCUGAAGGAGCGUCACCACACCAAGGUUCAGUACCAGCUGAAGUCCGAGCGGAUCUCACUAGCUCAGGUCUUCAGUAAGAUGGAGCAAGUGGUCGAGGUGCUGGGCAUUGAGGAUUACUCUGUCAGUCAGACUACUCUGGACAACGUGUUUGUAAAUUUUGCCAAGAAGCAGAGCGACAACCUGGAGCAGCAGGAGGCGUCGCCGCCCAGUGGUGGACAGUCCCCUCUGCAGCGCAUCCUGAACCUGCUGAAGUCUCGACCAGCCAACACGGAGCUCAAUGCUCUGAUCAGUGAGGCGCCAGCAGAACUGGAGAGUGACGAUGAUGAAGGACUCAUCAGCUUUGAAGAGGAAAGGGUGCAGCUCUCUUUUAACACAGACACACUCUGUUGAAAUGAACCAGUUCGGCAGUGGGGAGAUGACAGGAGUCACAGAGGGGGGAAACCUGAUCCACUUUUCUGACCUCUGAAGCCUGGAGGGAGGACGGACCUGCAGAUUCUACCCUAAAAAGGACCAAAACUCAAAAUGGGACAUAGGACCAGUAGUUUAGUAUUUCAGCCUCAAAUUUCUUCCCCCAGGUGGGACUGAGGUGGUUUAGAUCAGGUUAUGUGACCUGCAACGCCCAGGCUGCAGGAAGAGACCCAGCAGCAGCAGGAAUUGUCUCUGGAUUGAGGAAUGUUCCUUAUUCUUUUAUUUUCAGACUGUAUAUGUGUAACUGACUGAUGGAUACAGUAGGUUAGCUACCUUUGUUUGAGAAAGAACAUAUCAUUGAUGAAACCUGACAACACAGGUUACUUUCAGUUGGAUGUAUGAGCUCCCUGCCAAAGGCCCUCAUGUAACCGGAUUGGGCCUUCGUAACUGUAUCAAACCAGACCUGCAUUGAGAGCAUGCUGCAAUGAUGGUAUUGUGAUACAGUCUAUUUUUCUGUGGCAAGAUGUUAUUUUGGAUAUCGAAGCAGCUAUGGACUGGUGUGUGCUUUAUUUCGCAAUAACACAGGAUUUAGUGAAAUGCAUCCUGGAAAGUGGAGGGAGUGGACAUGUGAGCAGCUGAUGUCAGACAGAAUGAUGUCAGAAGGAAUGUACGAGCAUGGUUUCUGUCCUGACAAUGCCUCCCUUCUAUCAACUUGUUUUGACACUGUAUAUUUGGUCUCUUUCUACAAAGUGCUCUCUGUUGUGUUUUAAUAUAUUAUGUUGUGGAGUCUGCCAACAAACUGGACACAAUGUAUAAUAACAACAUCAACAAUAAUGGCUCCAACUCCGGUGAAAGUAAUCUACAUUCUAACAGUCAGAAAGUGACAUAAACUCUAAUAUUCCCUGACAACGACAGCACUACCAUCACUGUGAUACUAAAAGCACCUCUCAGAUCAGUAUAAUAUUUGUUUUUUCUUGGGUCCACUCCAUGUUUUAUGAUUUGCAGACGAUCUUGUAUUUUUUACGGACUUUGGAUGAAUCAAAAUGUGCAUAAUAUUCACACUUAUGGAUGUUUCCCUGACUGUAUGUUGGCAUGUGGUUUUACCAGACUCAUGAGUUUUGUGAUAAUUGAGUUGUAAUCUAUCGUGUCAAAAAUAAUUCCUUUUUCACUCCUUUCACAGCUAACAGCAGUCUUAUUUUUGGUGACAUCAUGGCACUAGUGGGCUUUUACCUGCUUAAAGGGGUCAUUAUUAAACAAGAAAAACUGACUGCUGUCAUUUCUUUCUUGUCUGAGAAUGUGAAGCUCUUUAGUUGCCUUUGGAAGUCGUUUACUAACCAAAGGCUGUUUGUUCACCAAAGGACUGGAAAGCUACAAGUAUGUCUGCAGGCAACAGGAAAGCACGGUAGAGAUUCCAGAUCUCAAUGUCAUGGAGUCAGUGUGGGAUUACAUGGAGAGACAGCAGACAUUGAAACAGCCUGAAUCCACAGAAGAACUGUGGCAUUAUCUUCAGGAUGCUGAACAACCUACCUGCCAAGUAGCUUGAAAAACUGUGCAAGUGUACCAAGGAGAAUUGGUGCUGUUUUAACGACACGGGAUGGUCACACUAAAAAAUGAUAUAUUUUCUCUUUACUGCACUUUGUAUGACGUUAAAUGAUGAAUAAAAACUAUUAAUGGCA